GGUACAGCUCGCAGAAAGAAGGUGGUACCUAGAACAGCUACAGCUGAUGACAAAACACUUCAGAGUUCUCUUUAAAAACUGGCUGUGAAUAACGUAGCUGGUAUUGGAGAGGUGAACAUGAUUAAUGAUGGGACAGUUAUUCAUUUCAACAAUCCCAAGGUCCGAACUUCCCUCUUUGCUAACACCUUUGCAAUUACUGGCCACGCAGAAGCCGAACCCAUCAUAGAAAUGCUUCCUGGGAUAUUAAGUCAGCUUUGUGCUGACAGUUUAACAAGUCUUAGAAAGUUAGUGGGACAGUUCCUGAGGCAAGUGUUGGAUAGCAAAACAUCAAAACCAGGAGACAUUGGUGAGGAGGAUGAUGAUGUCCCACAUCUCCUAGAAGAUUUUGAUGAGAUAGCAAAGAAUGAAGCUAAUUUUUUUUCCUGCUUUUUGAAACGUGGCAUGGACUAGAUUUAACAAAUUAGCUAUGUGGUUCCAAAAUUUUACAGACACAGAGAACAUCAUCUGUUACUACUUUAGUAAUAUAAUAAUGCUGUUUGUUCAGCAUUUUUUGGUUGUUCGAUUUUUCAUUUUGCACUUUCUCCCAGGAUCUAAACCGCUGGUCGAAAUGAGAAGUAUCAGUGCAGUUUGAGAGUGUUUUUUGUUUUUUAUUCUUCUUGGCUUUUUUGUUGUUUGUUGGGGAGUUUUUGGUGUGUGUCUGUGUAUGUAUGUGUGUGGCAUGUGGAUGUGUAUAUUGGAGAGCAAAUUGGAAAACAGCUCUAUUUAAUCCUUCUCCUUUCCUAAGUAGAAAUAAAACAAAUCUUCAUGUCUGUUGCUU